ACACACCAACGCCUACGUUUUUCAGUCCCCCUUGUGACUUCUUUCCUUCUACCAGCUAUUCAACUAAUCUAGGAUUGCAAACCAUCCUAAUCCCAAUAAUAAAUGAAGGGAGAAGAACAUUUUGUGCCUACUUGUUUGUCCACUGAAACAGGAACAAAAUAAAUGCAUUCUUUCAUAAAAAUAUCCUCUGUAUUGUGAUCAUCAUCAGUAUUAUCAACACUAUCAGCAGCAGUAAAAACGGCAUUAGGACAAUAGAAACCAAAAAUAACAUACUUUGCUUUCGUGUUGUUGGUGCCAUUGCGGUUGAUCAAAACUCAUAAGGUUGCUCACAACCACAUUUUUAUUAGUCACUUGAUUAAAUUAACCAGCUAAACCGAAAUUUUAUCAUUAUAUAUCAGUUGUACUGUUUAGUCAACGAGUUUAGCAUUCUGCCGAAAGGUGGUUAUUAUCUGAAAUAAAUCACUGAUCAUCAAAGCAAUCACAAGAAGAAAAGAACAGUAACAACACCCACCUUAUUUAAGUGUCACUCAUUUCAUUCAAAGUAUGGAGACAGCAUUCUCUAAGACAGUCGAUGAAGUUUUGAAAUACUUCGACUCCGACGCAGAAACUGGUCUCAGCGAUGAUCAGAUUAAGAAACAAACUACAAAAUUCGGUCCUAAUGAACUUCCUGCUGAAGAGGCUAAGGCAAUCUGGCAACUUGUUCUUGAACAAUUUGAUGAUUUACUGGUGAAAAUCUUGUUACUGGCUGCGAUCAUUUCAUUCGUACUUGCUCUAUUUGAAGAGAGUGAAGAAAGUAUCAGUGCAUUUGUCGAACCACUAGUUAUCUUGUUGAUCCUGGUUGCUAAUGCGGUGAUUGGUGUCUGGCAAGAGCGUAACGCUGAAUCGGCUAUCGAAGCACUGAAAGAGUAUGAACCGGAGAUAGCCAAAGUUUUUCGAAAAAGUCAUUUUGGUAUUCAACGAAUUAAAGCCAGGGAACUGGUACCUGGUGAUAUUGUUGAAGUAUCAGUCGGAGACAAAGUGCCUGCAGAUCUGAGAAUAAUCAAGAUCAUGAGUACAACUUUAAGAGUGGAUCAGUCAAUUCUGACUGGUGAAUCAGUAUCCGUCAUCAAGUUCACAGACGCUGUACCAGAUCCAAGAGCUGUUAAUCAAGAUAAAAAGAAUAUCCUAUUCAGUGGAACUAAUAUUGCCUCUGGUAAGGCUAAAGGUAUUGUUGUCUGCACUGGUCUUAUGACUGAAAUCGGUAAGAUUCGCAAUCAAAUGAUGGAUACUGAACAAGACAAGACACCAUUACAACAAAAACUGGAUGAAUUUGGACAACAGUUAUCAAAAGUCAUCUCGAUUAUUUGUGUCGCUGUAUGGGCAAUUAAUAUUGGUCAUUUUAAUGAUCCAGCACAUGGUGGCUCAUGGUUAAAAGGAGCCAUUUACUACUUUAAAAUUGCUGUUGCAUUAGCAGUCGCUGCUAUCCCUGAAGGCUUACCAGCAGUUAUUACAACAUGUUUAGCGUUGGGUACACGAAGAAUGGCGGCUAAGAAUGCAAUCGUCCGUUCACUGCCAUCAGUUGAGACAUUGGGUUGUACUAGCGUGAUUUGCUCAGAUAAAACAGGCACUUUGACGACAAAUCAAAUGAGCGUGUGCAGAAUGUUCACAUUUGCUAAGGCGGAUGAUAAAGCUCCUGAAAUUUAUCACUUUGAAAUCACAGGAUCUAAAUAUGCACCGGAAGGUGAAGUGUUUUUGAAUGGUCAGAAAGUUGAUUCUGGAGAAUAUGAUGGUCUUAUUGAAAUAGCCCACAUCUGUGCCAUGUGCAAUGAUUCUGCUAUUGAUUACAAUGAAUCUAAGAACGUUUAUGAGAAGGUUGGUGAGGCUACUGAGACUGCACUGAGUUGUUUAGUAGAAAAAAUGAAUGUAUACAAAGUAUCGAAAUCUGGUCUAUCCAAGAAAGAUUUAAGCAUGGUUUGCAACUAUCAAAUACAGGCUAUGUGGAACAAAGAGUUUACUUUGGAAUUUUCACGUGAUCGAAAGUCAAUGUCAGUCUAUGUACAAGCUAAGCCAACCUUUACAUCUAAAAUUCCAAAUACAGCAGGUUCAGGAGAAACUGGACCAAGAAUGUUUGUAAAAGGCGCACCUGAAGGUGUGCUAGACAGAUGUACAUUUGUACGUGUUGGUAAUAAGAAAGUACCUAUGACACCAGCAUUAAAAACUGAAAUUGUCAAAAAUGUAGCCGCUUAUGGAACUGGUCGUGAUACACUCAGAUGUUUGGCUUUAGCAACAUGUGAUUCACCAGUUAACAGAGCACAAAUGGAUUUAGAAGAUUCAAAUAAAUUUGUUAAAUAUGAACAAAAUUUAACAUUUGUCGGAGUAGUUGGUAUGCUAGAUCCACCACGUAUGGAAGUGUUCGAUAGCAUUGCCAGAUGUCGUAAAUCCGGUAUUCGUGUUAUUAUGAUUACUGGUGACAAUAAAGCGACAGCUGAAGCUAUUUGUCGACGUAUUGGUAUUUUCGGUGAAGAAGAAUCAACCACUGGAAAGUCAUUUACUGGACGUGAGUUUGACUCAUUGCCUAUUGAAGAACAAAGAGAAGCAUGUAGACGAGCUAGAUUAUUUGCACGUGUCGAGCCUAUGCACAAGAGUAAAAUUGUUGAGUUUCUUCAAGAGGAUGGUGAGGUAUCAGCUAUGACUGGAGAUGGUGUAAAUGAUGCACCAGCCCUUAAGAAAGCAGAAAUCGGCAUUGCUAUGGGAAGUGGUACAGCUGUAGCGAAAUCAGCUGCUGACAUGGUAUUAGCUGAUGAUAAUUUCACUUCAAUUGUGUUGGCUGUUGAAGAAGGACGAGCUAUCUACAACAAUAUGAAGCAGUUCAUUCGUUAUUUAAUUUCAUCCAAUAUUGGUGAAGUCGUUAGCAUCUUCCUUACAGCAGCAUUGGGUCUACCUGAAGCUUUGAUUCCAGUACAACUGUUGUGGGUCAAUCUAGUAACUGACGGUUUACCAGCUACUGCUUUAGGUUUCAACCCACCUGAUUUAGAUAUUAUGGAUCGUCCACCAAGGAACAUUAAAGAUCCUUUAAUAUCUGGAUGGCUGUUCUUCCGUUAUGUUGCUAUUGGUGUUUACGUUGGAUGUGCAACAGUUGGAGCAGCUGCCUGGUGGUUCAGUCUUUAUCCGAAGGGCCCACAACUGAAUUACUACCAACUGGUAAGCAACAUAAUAUCUAAAUAUCCCAUUGUGUUGCCCAAGAAGAGCCGCAUAUACAGACAGACAGAUAUUGGAUUCCAAAUUUCUAUACUUUUAAUAUUUUUUGUCUUCUUUAAGUUAUUCAUAUUCUUAAGAGUAAAUAAAGCAGAAAUGACUUAAUAGACGUUUAUGAAGUAGCAAAGGAAUUACUCACAUGUUUUAAGUUCUUUAUCAACCCUUCUCUUUAACUUAUUCGCCAUAAAACUAGGUGCAGUAUAAUUCAGCAACAAACGCCCACUGCUUCUAUCUACUGUGUGAUUUCCUUUCCAAUAGCUGCAAUCUCAGUUCAAUCAUUUUAAUACGCCUCCAGUUCAUAGCACCAUAAGUUUCUUGACAAUUUUCGAUUUCUUUUGAGUUUUGACAAUGAACUAGUAAAAGCGAAGUGCCAAAAUGCAAAUGAAAGUCUCAGUUAGUUGGAAGAAACCAGCAGCAGAUCCCGCUUGACAUGGGUUUUGUAGUUGCUGAGACUCAUCAACAAGGCGUAUCUACCACCUUGCGGAAACUAAUGUCCCCUGUGAAAUUCAAAUUCAUGUCACCCAGUGUUGUAUUCAGUGACGUUACACUGAAUCCUUUGGGCUGCGACUGGCCUCUCUUAGGACUGGAUCAGGUACAUCAACUGGUCAUGGGAGAGCAACCAAUCUGAUUUUGUCAGGUCCUAAUUUCUGACCGAAUUCUGUCGAUCAUUUUUAAAAGUGGCCAUCAAGCUAGGAGAUUCACCAUUAGAGCUGCGGACACGCCUUGCUGACGAAUACCAACAAGCACUCAACCUAGGUCCACGGCUUCUUGCAGAUUUUCUUCAAUCAACUAACAUCCAUCAAAGUGCAUGGCAAUGACGAAGCUCCUAGCUUUUUGGUCACAUUCCAAAAUGAUCAAUAAAAUCCAGUCACCACUCAGGACUACACAACAUGGAACUACUAGUUACCUUAUGACCAAUCAGUACAGUAAAUGAAAGUCCCAAAAUCGGGUUAAACUGCUAACAACUAAUUACAGAGGAAGCUUAAAGUCACGAACUGAAAGACGAUUGGCGCCCCCAACUUUUCACAACCCAAUUCCUUAGGAAUUUAAACCCUCUUUUACUGAGUUCAUUGGAAAUGUAAGCGCCAACAGUGCAAACGAAAGCAAAAAUUUGCCUUUUGAUUGUUGACUGUACCAGAAACCAUUUUCUACACUUGUUGAGCUAUAUAUGCCCUGAUUUUUCCUGCAUAAAGUUUCCGCAUUAUUCUAGGCAUCAUAUUUAAUAAUGUUUUAAAAAGGAAAUUAAUCUGGUACAUUUUUAAAUGACUAGUUAUAGUUCGAAACAAGUAACUAGAACUUGCGUAACGUCACAGAUGUGAAAAUUAUCCACUUAAGCGACGGAGAGAUAACAUAUUUGUGUUGAAAUAGUUUUUCAUUCUUGGUAGAGAGUAGAAAGUCAUUUUCCAGUUAUACUCUCCUCCAUAAAAUUUUCUUCAUUAUAUUGGUUAUACUUGUAGAACAACAUACAACUCUUCUGAAGCCCACACUACUCCCAGUUGCCAUAUUUUUUAACUCUUCAGAAACAUAUCACUGACAAAAAGUGCCAACCGCAAACUAUUUCACCUGUAGUCUCGUCAACCACAAAAUUCUGGUAUCGGAUAGACUAUAAUUUCUAAACGUCUGAAGGCAAAAUUCGGUAAUCGUAUCUACCGACGUCAUUUUAUUCUUUAACCAUCGACUAUUUCGAAUAAACGGUCUCGUCAUUCUUUUUAGCAUCUACUUUAGUCUGAAUAUGAUUUACUGAAAUUUAAUUCACAUUACAAGUGACUGAGAGGAGAAGAACUUGUUCUAAAUAUAAGUGUAAAACUUGGGAUUGUGGUAAGAUGUAAUUCCCUAUUAGGUUUGUUCAUUUAAUAUAGAGCACACACACUGAAGACUUGAUGACCUGCGUAUAGAAGGGAAUGAAAAAUGGUCAGUUUCAAUGUAACAAAUAUUUAUACUAAAUACAAAUGAAUACUACACUUGAAGCAGUGAGGAAUCAACUAAAUACUGACUGACAACGUACUCAUAGAACUAAGAUAUUGGUUGAUGAAAUCAUAUCAGGCAAACAAUGGUUCCUGAACUUCACAAUCUUCAAGUUUUACGAUAAAAUAUAUAGGCAAACAUAAUGAGUGGCAAUAAGGCUACCAAUAUCCCCAAUCUUAGAAAAUACAUUGAUGGAAAGUUGAGAAAACAUGGCUUUACGAACGUUUAGUUCUGCACUUAAGAUAUAUGAGCGAUAUGUGGAUGACAAAUUUGUGUUGAAAUAGUAAUAUAUCUACAAUUUCCUCACGCAUAUAAACUCAGUAGUUGACGCAGUCCAAUUUACUUUAGAGGGGAGAGAGGAGAGAGAGAUGAGAAUUAGCUUUAUUGGACUGCAGAGUAAAAUGAAGGACAGAUGGUGGUUUGGAUACUACCGUCUACAGGAAACCAACACAUUCUAACAGGUAUCUAAACUUCAAACCGUCUCAUCCAAUGUCACUUAAGGUGGCUUUAGUUAAACGUCUAAAUGAUAAGGCUAACAAACUAACUAGUCAGUGCAAGGACCUAAACAAGGAAUUGGAACGCAUAAAAGAAGCGUUAAUAAUCAAUGAUUAUUGAGAAAUUCGUACGAACACGUAAGAAACAAAAUGAUGACAGUAAUAGGUAUAUGAAUAAUAGC